AUGAAGAAAACAUCCGAACGGACAGUCAUAAUUGCGGGAGGAGGUAUAUCCGGCCUUUCCCUCGCCAAUAUGCUGGAAAAAGCUGGCAUACGCUACAUCUUGCUGGAAUCGUACGACAAAAUCGCUCCCCAGGUUGGUGCAAGCAUCGGUCUUCACUCAAACGGACUUCGAAUCCUUGAUCAGCUGGAUUGCGCCGAGGAUCUUAUGUCAUUAGUCGAUAUUCCACUCAACAAUAGUUACAUACGAUAUCCCGAUGGUUUAGUGAUCAGACACCAUAGCGGUGUCCAGGAUCAAUUGAUUGAGAGACAUGGCUAUCCUACCAUCUUCAUCGACAGGCAGAUGCUGUUACAGGCUUUGUAUGAUAAGCUCGAAUCAAAAGCCUCAGUACAUCCUGCUCAAAAAGUGGUUUCAGUUCUGGAGAUAAACGACGGGAUCCAAGUUACAACAGAUAAAGGCAAAGUUUUUGAAGGAGACAUUCUGGUUGGGGCCGAUGGUAUCUAUAGCACCGUUCGGGAGGAAAUGUGGCGCAUUGCAUCACCUGGAUACUUUCCUGCUGACGAGUGGUCAAGCGUACCAUGCUAUUACAAGUGCAUAUUUGGCAUUUCACGCCCCAUCGAGGAACUUGAGGAAGGUGGCCACUAUGUCUACAACGAUGGCUUUUCCUAUCUCGUUCUGGUCGGCCCUGGAGGGAGGUUAUACUGGUUUCUUUUCGUCAAAUUGCCCGUUCCUCUAUAUGGUCAAGAUAUCCCGAGGUACACGAAGCUUGAUGAGGAGAAGCUGGCUCUACAACAUGCAUCCGAUCACGUCACUCCGGAGGUUACCUUUGGUCGGCUAUAUGAAGCUAGAACUAGCUCCACGCUGACUCCACUCCAUGAAUACGUAUUCGAAAGGUGGCAUUACAAACGCAUCAUCACUAUUGGCGAUGCAGCUCACAAGUUUGAACCUUUGACUGGUAAUGGAGGUAAUUCUGCCUUUGAGACUGCCGCAUCACUUGUGAACCACUUAACUUCAGACGUGUGUUCAGACUGGAGCACUUCGGAGAUCGAAACCGCCUUCGCCGCUGUACAAGAGGAGCGUUUCCAGAGAGUGCAGUGGCUCGUCAACGAUGCCCACAAGACCCAGCAAAUGCAAGCUAUGGCAACACCUUUCCUAGCAACUAUUGGUCCUAUCUUGGCUCGUCUUUUAAGCACACAAACGGUACUCCAAAUAGGUGGUUGUAAAGCCGUCGGUGCAACACGAAUCAACAGCAUUCCUGUACCUCAGCGAGAACGCACUAUCCCUUUCAACGAUGAGCUACCUUCCCGUCCUCUUUCUUGGAGCUGGCUUCCCGUAGGUCUAGGGGUACUGAGUCAGGCAGCGUUAUUCAGGCUCGCGACUCGGAUCCUUGGUCCCCUGGAGAUUCCAACCACUUUUGGCGGCGAGCCUCUGGUGAGGUAUUAUACGGGGUUCAGAAUCCCGGAUAAGAUCUUGGGACACCUGGUUGCUGUUUUUGGAGUCCCCCUUGCGUCGAAUAACAUGGCGGCGAACCUGCAGUGGAUUUCUUUUACGCCAUUGUUGUUGUCGACCACCCUUGACUGGACCUUGGAGAGCUACCGUGUCGGUUCUAAAGGACUCCUUACUUCGUUUUCAUCGAUCUUCAGCACCAUUUACCAAGUGAAGGCGGUUGGACGCAUUGCGCCUUUGUAUCAUUUGAUUUCUGCAUGCGAGCAUAUUCUAGGAGGCUCUAUCAGUCCAAUUACCGACCGUUCCAUUGACAAGGAAGUCGUCGAAUCGUUUGUGCCCGGUAUCACCCUGGGAUAUGUCAUACCUACUGCCCUGAUGCUGUGGCCUUUCAAGAACAAGGCCACUUGGCAGAGGUUUACUGCCUUUUGGCAGCCAUUCCCCGUCUACGUCGGCCUUACUACUAUGUGUCUUUCGGCUGUUCUACGCAAACAGCGGGCCAGCAACACGCCUCAGCCCAGAACCUCGAAAAAGAGUAGAGGGUCCAGGAAGCGAAAGGCGGAAACCCACUCACUAUUGAGAUCUGUUUACGUGGUGGGAACCGCAGCUACAGCACUUGUCCAUCUCUAUACCCUCUAUCGCACAGCUUCAAGUUCGAAUCUCAGCUUUUCCGGUGUUUUCGGCAGCAUUAGAUAUUUAGUGUCUGGUGCGUAUCCGUCUGAUCCGGCAGACAAGAUCCAUGUAUUUUUACAGCGAGACAUGUUCUUGAAUGCCGCUUCCGUUCUUGCAAAUAGCAUCUACCGAACUCUAGAUCUGCGACGCUUAGGGUACAUCACUAGCAAUGAAGCUUUGGGGGCUUCAUUAGCUGUGUUGGUUGCACAACCGGUGCUUGGACCAGCUGCAGCUCAUAUUGGGUUUCUCGGGUGGAGAGAGGAGGUGUUUAUGAGGAUCGAUAGACGGAUUGGUGCCUGUAACUAA